UGAAGCUUUAGGUAAUCAGAAAGUGUUGACUUUUCAGUAUAGUUUUUUCAUUCAAACUAAAAUGCGCACUUAACAUUAAAGUAAAAAUGUUCUUUUUAUUAUGUUUAACUUCAAAUAUUUUAACUAACGAAGUUUCUUCUUUUACUGUUUUUAAUAAUGUAACAAUUAAAAAUAAUGAUAUUUUGAAGGAGUUGUUGUUUAGACAAAUGCAAAACUACAAAAAUGAUGAUUUCAUAGCUGAGCAAGAAUCUGUUGGAAAAUACGAUUCGAAAAAAUGUGUUUUAAGUUUGCGUGAAAUAACGGAUCAUUUUCCAGACGAAAAAGUUUUUCAAUUCUUCGAUGCCUGGGGUCAUUUACCAUCUGGACUAGCUUCAGGGAACUACUAUGAUGUUGGAGAAUUUGAUCAAUGUCUCAGGACAUCAGUGUCCUUAAAUAAAAUAGCCAGUGGUGGUAUUGUGGUAAAUGGCCAAUACUGCUUUGUAUCUAUGGACCUUCCGAAAUCUGUUCAGACUGGAAUAUGUAUUCCUGACACUUGCAGUCCUGAAUUUUUGACAAACAUUUUCAAAAAUGCAUCUGAUAAACAUGUAAAUGGUGCACUUUCGGAAAAAUUGUCAGUUGAAUAUUGCACAGAUGGAAAAAUCCCACCGAUGACAACAAUUCAAAUCAGUGCUCUAUCAAUAUUUUCUGUUGUUACAGUAUUGAUGAUUCUAAGUUCGUUAUAUGAUUUCCUAGUGCAAUAUUAUAAAAAAAAACCUUUACCAGUCCUUUUGGCAUUCUCAAUUUUAUCAAACGGAAGUAAACUUUUCGCCACCAAUACGAAACGAUCUCGUAAUAGCAUUGGUUGUUUUAAUGGAAUUCGCGUCCUAUCAACUCUUUGGAUAAUGAUCCAUCACACAAGUUCUCUUAUGAGGAUUAUGAGAAAUAUUCCAAUGAUUGAAUUUUUACAAUUGAAACACACUUUGUUCUUCAUGCCAUUUGCAAUGUCAACAAUUUCGUUAGAUUCAUUCUUUUUCAUUGGUGGACUAUUGGUGGCAUUUAAUGGAUUCAAGGACUUGGAUGAAACGAAAGGAAAAAUAAAUAUCACCAGAAACAUCAUCCAUCGUUACAUCAGGCUUACACCGAUUGUAGCUGCUGGACUUCUGCUAUAUUAUGGCAUUCACGAGCAAUUAUUUAGUAGUGGUCCUUUCAAGGACAUUGUUAUGGAGACAAAUAACUGUGAUGAAAAUAAUUGGUGGCCAAAUCUUUUGUUUAUCCAAAACUAUUAUUUUCUAGAUAAAAUUUGUUAUGUAGAAGCUUGGUACUUAGCUGUUGAUUUUCAGCUUUAUAUCUUCUCACCACUGCUCUUGAUUUCGAUGUGGAAAUGGGGAACGAAAAUUAUUUAUUUGAUUGCUAUUUUAAUAGUUACAUCAAUAAGCUAUGUUAUAGCUGUCUACUUUAUGGAAGAAUAUACUGCUUUUACACCAGGAAUAAAUAUUGGUGAAUGGGAAAAGGUGUAUGUUCCCACACAUGCUAGAUGCAAUUCUUGGUUAAUAGGUUUUGUUUUCGGAUACUUUAUGCAUUACCAUCGUCAGGCGGAUUUCAAUAUGUCAAGGUUUCUGCAACUUAUUGGGUGGAUCGGAAGCUUAGUGAUAAUGAUUGCUGUUGUAUAUGGACCGUUUCCUACAAUUCACGCUUAUGGAAAAGGCUCAGUUUUCGAAGCAGCGAUGUAUGAAGGUUUCAAGCAUAUUUUCUGGUCAGCGGUCCUAGUGUGGAUAACAUUUGCUUGUCACUAUGGAUUCGGAGGAGUUGUUGACGCAUUCCUGUCACAUCCCAUCUGGCAACCGCUCUCACGCUUGACCUACGCCUUAUGUAUGAUGCAUAUGGCUGUUUUAAAAAUUCAUUUUGCAAUCACUCGUCAUUCGCCAGUUCAUUUUUCAACAUAUAAUUGUUUAAUGUUCUUUUGGGUUAUUUUUGGUGAAACUCUAUUGAUUUCAAUCUUCAUGACAUUAGGAUUCGAAUUACCUGUUUCAGUUGUGGAAAAAUUCCUUUUUGGCAAAGUGAAAAAAUCAACAAAGCUUAACACUGUGGAGGAAAAGGAACAGACAACUCCACUUAUUGUCAGCGUAAACACACAAUGGAGGCGAAAGCUGUUGUAUUUAAAAUACUUAAACAUUUCGAUUUUAUUUUAUCAUUCGGGAAGAACGAUGCAAUUUCACUGUUCUCUUUUUCUAAUAAUUAUAUUUGCUGUAAUAAACAGAAAUGAUACACUUUCGAUUGUGAAUAAUGUUUCUGUUUCAAGUGAUGUUUUAAGUAAAAUUUUCUUUGAGGAAAUCAAAAAUAAUCCAAAUAAAGUGUAUACUUCCGGUCGAGAUUUUGAUCAAUACAACACUGAAAAGUGUAUCGUAAGUUUGCGAGAAAUUAUUCAACGAUAUCCAAGCCUUGAAGUUGCACGUGUUUUCGACGCAUGGGGUAAUCUUCCAGCAGGUAUAUCCACUGGAAACCAAUAUGAUCUUGGAAACUAUGAUGAAUGUGUCAAAUUUGACUUAAAGUUCUAUGAUUCAACAAAUGUAAUAAGGCAACAAUAUUGUUUUGCCACAUUACUUCUAAAGCAGGAUACUUCACCUGCAAGUCCAUUUGACUUUUUUAGCGAAAAUAAACAAAUAAAUGUAGGAAUAUGCAUUCCGGAAAGUUGUAGUCCAGAUUUAUUGACAUCAAUAUUUCGAGAAUCAUCUAAAAAUAUUUACGCUGGAGCUCUAUCCGAAAUUACUGUUAGAGAAUGCUCAGAUGGAAGAGUUCCACGCUUAACAGCAUCUAUCAUCGCUUGCAUAUCGGUAUUAGGAAUAUUGACAAUAUUGAUGAUUUUAAGCUCAGUUUAUGAUAUCUAUGUGAGUCAUUGUCAGAAAAACCCAAACCCUGUCCUCAUUGCCUUCUCAAUACUUACCAAUGGAAAGCGUUUAUUUGCAAUUAACACCAAACGUUCACGAAGCAGUAUUGACUGUCUCACUGGAAUCCGAGCCAUAUCGACGCUUUGGAUUAUAAAUCAUCACGUUUAUACGAAUGUACUACAAACUCCAGCUAUAAAUUUCCCAGACAUUUCUGCCUGGUUCUUCAGUUGGGAAUUCAUGCCGAUUUACAAUGCGAGUAUAUCGGUGGACACGUUCUUUUUCAUGGGCGGCCUGUUAGUGGCUUGGAUUGGAUUCAAGGAAUUGGACAAAACAAAUGGAAAAAUCAACUUCUUCAUGAACAUCAUCCAUCGUUAUAUUAGAUUGACGCCCGUCCUGGCUGCUGGACUAGUUUUGGCUUAUAGCAUAAAUAAAAUUAUUUACACUGGUCCCUUUAGGGACGUAUAUUUAGCCAAUAAUAAUUGCAACAGCUACAAUUGGUGGCCAAUUUUGUUGUACAUUCAAAACUACUACACUCCAGAUAAUAAUCUUAGUUAUGCUACUUGUUAUGCAGAAGCUUGGUAUUUGGCUAUCGACUUUCAACUUUAUGCCCUUUCACCAAUGAUUUUGGUUCCCAUGUGGAAAUGGGGUAGAAAAUUCGCUUCAGUUCUGUUGGGUCUGGGAUUGAUUUCGAUUGGAUGGGUGAUGGGAAUAUAUUUUUACAAUAAUUUUAAUGCACUGAUUUUGGGUGUCAAUCCACAUGAAUGGGAGAUUGUUUAUACAGUGACUCACACUAGAUUCGCCCCUUGGCUAAUUGGAUUUGGUUUUGGAUAUUUUAUGCAUAAAAAUCGUGAAUCGCAAUUCAAAAUAUCAAAAAUCGUCCAGAUUAUUGGUUGGAUUUUAAGUUUCUUCACAAUGACAGCUAUCGUAUUUGGAACUUAUUUCUCCUUAAAUGCCAAUUAUGGCAAAGGUACAGUUUUCGAAGCAGCAAUGUACGAGAGUUUGAAACGUGUAUCUUGGGCAUUGGCACAAGUUUGGAUAACAUUUGCUUGUCAUUAUGGUUACGGCGGUAUUGUUGAUGCAUUCUUGUCACAUCCAUUUUGGCAGCCAUUUGGACGUUUGUCAUAUGCAAUGUAUAUGAUGCACAUGGCUAUAAUUCGAAUGCAUUUUGGAAUGACCCGUACUGAGAUUUAUUUUUCAGUCUAUAAUCAGUUUCUUAAUUUUUGGAGCGCUUUUGGGACAACAUUGCUUGUGUCCAUUUAUGUUACGUUAGCUUUUGAAUCACCAGUUUUAGUAUUGGAAAGAAUCAUUUUUAAUAGGAAGAAAUCUCCAAUGAAGAAGGAGGACCCUGUGGUGCAGGUAGUCCCGGCUAAUGUAUUACCAUCGCAUCAGCAUCAAGAAAGAAUUCCAGAAUGAAAAUUUAAGCUUCUU